GUUGACAUCAGUGCACAUCAGUGUGACAUCCUCUAGUUCUGUGCAUGUUUUGGGACUAAAUCAGGUACUGUAACAAUGAGGGCCCAUGUUCUGAUACUGAUCAUGGUGACUACAGUAAUGGGUUACAAGGUGCGUUCUCUGUCCAAGAAAUGGGCUUUAAACAUAGCACCCAACUCUGUUGAUGAUGCCUACACUUCCUGCACCAAUGAAAUGUCCAAGAGGAUCUCCAAGUGUCUUGCCAGUGACAUGAAAACAAAUGAUGAUUUCAAAACAGCAUGGAACACUGCAAAGAAGCAGGUUGACAAAAAGGAAAAUCCCAGAAAUGGUCUGACUGUAAACCAUGCGAUUGCCAUCCGAGUGUACACCAAUGAAAAACCUAACAUCUACAACCAGUUUAAUAAAGCUGUGCAUGAUUGCAAGGAUACUUACAAAACCAAGUUCAACUACCAUGCUCUCCACUUCCUGCUAACUGAUGCCCUUAAGCACCUGAAAGAGAACCAAAAGGACCAAGAGCAGUGCGUGAACACCUACCGCAGAACCAAUGAGGACUUUGACAAAAAUGUUGUCAAUAUGGAGAUCCGAUUUGGAAGAUUCACAUCCGCCUCCCUCAGUGAUCCCCCGACCCGUUUUGGCCAGAAGUCCUGCUUUAAAAUCUAUACCUGUCAUGGUGCUGCUCUGGGGAAUUACUCACAUUUGCAACAUGAGAAAGAGGUGUUGAUCCCACCCUAUGAGAAGUUUAAAGUUGUGAGUGUUGAAGUGAGUGAUAAGGAAGAUCGAUGGUGUGAUGUAGUGUACACACUGACCAGCACUGGUACCCUUAGUAAUUUGGAUUGUGCGCUAAUGCAAAACGCUGUAUAGUAAUGUCAUGUUAAUGCUUCCUUAUUUCAGCAGAAACAUGCGGCUGUUAACUUGAUGACCUGAUGAUGAUGGGUAUUGUAUGCCUUGA